AUGCAGGUCUCUGUCGUAUCUGGCCAAGACGCUAUAGCCAUAAACCUGCCCGCGCGUUAUGAGCAGCGUCUUCGUCUGGAUACCAUAUACCCCUUUCAAACUGAGUUCACCAGGGCUGCCUUCUCAACUGCUGCGGCGGUAUACAAGACAGAGCCUUUUACGCUCCGCGAUAUGGUUUCGUCAGCUGAAAACGGGUGUAGAGGGUGCAGAUUUCUUGCGGCUGUGCUGGCCGGAGUGGGUUCAGUCUACGCCUAUACGGAGCUGGAGCUGGCGGGCAUGGCAUUCAAGUGGCUGGGCUCGAGCUUUACCCUGGAUAUGACUAUGGAAGAUGGCACGCAGUCCUCUGGUGGCUGUUUUUCUGAGACAAUACCGGACAGUUGUAUCCUGAUUCCGGACCCGGGCUGGCCUGCUGUAUAUCUCGGUGUACGGGAUUGCCAGGGCGCCGGAACGAUCGUUCAAGGCCCACUUCCCGCUCUUCACGCGAUCGUGGGUGUAUCAGGAACGGAUGCUCUCACGACGGAUUCUCUUCUGCACAAAUUAGAGUUCCAGGUCGGCUGCCAGGGAGGCCUGUCGUACGAGUGCGGCGGAGACUCGAUAGCACCACAUUUCAAGCCCGUGCCUACCGUGAUGAAUGUGGCCAAGCUCAAGACACUGUCCGAGCUAAAGGCAGCCGAGGGCGGCGGCGGGUUGGUUGGUGAUGAUUUCACGAUGCUGAUCUAUCGCAACUGGGUAGAUAUAGUGGUGAGCUAUGCGAAGCUGGAUAUCACGGUACCGUCCGACAGAUUUUCUGCUAUAUCUGUCACCGCAAAAAUCGUUUCUCGGAAUAUGAAAAGCGAGUACCUAGCUGGAAUAUGGCGAGCGACGUUCAUGGAAGAAGGAUUGCUUUGGGCACACAGCGCAGUGACUGUGGAAGCCGACGGGCCACUCAAUCAAGACUGGACAAGAUGCACAUUUGCGGAGCCUGCCUUGGAUCUUAUGGGUGCGAAGUUGUCCUUCUAUGCGGAUGCCUACAUCGACCGAGAUAAAUAUGGGUUCUGGAAUGCAUUGGCAAAGGGGCGUGCAGGCUUGCGCCAUGUUAUCUACUUCAUGUUCCUCGAGAGAGACGCCCUGAGAUAG